CUUCAUCUUACAUUGAUAAGCCUUCCUUCGUAGUCCAUAUCUCCCUUCCUUUUUGUCCCUCUUGCGCUCAAAUUGGUUCCAUAGCUACGAGUAUGGCUACAAUGUAGAGUAGCUAGUCUUUGGAAGUGCGUCACCUCAGUUCUUCCGAAGUUCCUCCAACAUUGCUGGAACGGGUCGGCGCUGCUCACAUCGCCAAGCGGAUCUUGAGAUCAAUGCAUGGCUCACAUCGUUGGUAUAAAAGGCCCUUGGUACUCCCGAGAUGACACGCACUUGAUCUUGGAAAGACUGGUCCUUCACAGCUAUUCACUUGAAACCCAUCCAACCCCUUCAAAUCGUCAUGAUUCGGAACCUGUGGAUCCUCUUCGGACUUGCCCUGGUUGCAGUCUUUUGUUUCCUAAGUGAGACCGCCCAAGCCCGCCCCUCGGCCGGGGAGGCAUUUGACCAAGAGGACGAGAUGUCAGACGCCCUCAAAUAUCUGGAGGAGCUGGACAAGCACUACGCCAAAUUGGCCCGUCCCAGCUAUGAUAUAGACUUGACAGCUCCCGCAUCCUACGAGUUCAAGUCGUCCUCGGGCAUGCAGUCAUCCCCGGACGGUUCGGCCUCGGGCCGUUUGGGUGCCGCGGUCAAGAGCUUCCGCAACCGACACCCUUCUCUAUCCAAGGAGGUGGCCGAUUCUGCCAUGGUUCUGCUCAGUCCUCUCUUCCGCCCUUCUCGCCGCUCUGCCGGAGGUGACCCGCGAGGAUCGGGCGAGGUUCAGCGACGUGGAUUGGAUAAGGUCAAGGCUCUGCAAAUGAUUGACUCCGACUUGGCCCAUAUGUCCAGACCCAGAUUCGGUAAACGAUCCGGCAUGUCUGAGCCUUUGAUGUCGAUGUAUGACCGAUAUGACAAAUAAAUGCUGAUGGUAAUUAGCGGUCAACAACCAAUCGAACAACAACGACAACAACAAUAAAAACCGAUGCUUAUUUGCCCCUCUGCCCUGACAAUGAUCUUGAUUAACAACAGCAUGUUAUUCACCAAAUGAAGCCCCCAACAUACUGUGUAUUUUUGAGUGCGAUAUACACCAAAAACCACCCAUCACCAGUUUCUGCAACCAUCAUGAACCACCAACCAAGAAGGUCGUCUCUGUUCAUCAACCUCCAUAAUUGGCUCCUCCGUUUCCAAUUCUCUCCUAUCAUUUCGGCUCCAGGUCCAUUUGGUCCUGUUUAUCAUGCGUUGUUAUUUAUGAAUGAACCACGUAAUAUAUUCAUAUUGUUAAUAGCUUGAUCUAGAAGAA